AGGGGGCUGUAAGGAAAAAAAAACUGACACGUGGAAUUUCAUUACUUCUCCAAGCAGGCAAACUAGAAUGUCUUGUUCGGUUUGUCAGCGGUGACGCCAACUACUCGGUCCCUUUUUCAAUUUAUAAUUCAGGUAAAGCAGCACAGCAGUUUAGUGGAGAUGCUACUGCCGGGUAACAGGAACCAAAAGACUAGUUUUUCAUCUUUUUGCUUUUUUGCCUGUCACGCUCCGGAGAGCUAACCCCCAGAAGAGCCCCGGGAAAUAGUGCGAAACAAACAAAAUUUGGCGUUGAAUGGCAGUUCUACAAAAACAUGGGAAGACCUCUUGUCCAGACUUGCCAAAUGUUAACGAUAACCCAGCAGAUAAUUGUGGACCAGCUGGAUCUCAAAAAAAGUGGCCAGAAUCAAAUCAGAACUGGUCAAGGCCGGUAGCACGGGUAUGGACUGUGGUGUUGUUGCUGGGCACCUGCUUGCUGUACUGUGCCCGUGUGGCUAUGCCUAUAUGUGCUGUGAACAUGGCAGAGCGUUUCGGCUGGUCCAAGAGGGAAUCGGGCAUAGUGCUGGGCAGCUUCUUCUGGGGCUACUGCUUUACUCAGGUCCUUGGAGGCUACAUCAGUGACAGGGUGGGAGGAGAAAAGGUGUUGCUGCUGUCAGCCGCAGCAUGGGGAGCCAUGACGGCGUUCACACCCAUCCUGGCCCACUUCUGCUCCCGGCCCAUCAUCUCCUUGACUGUGUCGCGCUUCCUCAUGGGCCUCAUGCAGGGCAUGCACUACCCCUCUCUGGCCAGCCUGUGCUCACAAAAGGUGGUGGAGAGUGAGCGCGGCUUUCUUAUGAGCACCAUUGGAAGCGGCUCCUACCUGGGGACAUUGGUGAUCGGAGGAGUGGGCUCAGUCAUGCUGGACCUCUACGGCUGGGAGAGUGUCUUCUACGUCUCCGGCUUGCUGUCCAUGCUCUGGGCCUACUGCAUGUGGAAGUACCUGCUUAAGGGAGAGGGACCCAUCAUCACACUGGAGUCUCUGGGCAGCUCUGCAACCCAGUCCAAACUGUCCCGCAGAAACUGGCUGCGUCUCUUCAGACAGCCAGCUGUGUGUGCGGUCAUUAUUACACACCUGUGUACUGCUAGCACCUUCUUCACCCUGUUGUCAUGGCUACCAACUUUCUUCAAAGACACUUUUCCUGAUUCUAAGGGAUGGAUGUUUAAUGUGAUCCCGUGGUUUGUGGCCAUUCCUUUCUCACUAUUCAGUGGCUGCCUGUCUGAUCAUCUCAUCAGUCAGGGUUAUGAUACUGCUUCAGUGAGGAAGCUGAUGCAGUUCUUUUCUAUGGGUGUAUCCGGCGUGUUUACCCUGUGUCUGUGCGGUACCACCACUUUCCCCAUGGCUGUGGCCUUCGUGUCUGCUAUGAUGGGCCUCACCACGUUCAGCCACAGUGGUGUGUCUGUGAACGUCCAGGAUCUGGCCCCAUCCUGCGCUGGAGCCCUUUUUGGUGUGAUGAACACCUGUGGUGCAUUUACAGGGGUGAUCAUGGUGUACUUCUCGGGAUAUCUGAUUGAGGCCACUGGCUCGUGGGCAUCAGUUUUCACCCUCAUCACUAUGGUGAACCUGAUGGGGCUGGGAACAUUCCUGGUGUUCGCUGAGGCGCGCAGGGUCGACAUUGAAGCCACCAAGGGUCACCACCACAGUGUCCAUCUCUGAGCGGGCAGCACCACCAUGGCACUUCUAUCAGAUGCUUUCUGCAGACCUGCGGAAGCUCCAGAGACAGACGCUGCCUUCUCCUCCAUCCGGUUAGCGCGGUGACUGUUUGCAGGAGAUCUGGCAAUAUUUGCCUUAGAGAUUGCCAUGCGAUUGAGAACCCACAGACAUGAACAUUUCAGUAUUAGUUCUCCAUGUCCUUCAGUUGUCCUACCACUUUAUUGGGUGGGUGGUGUACAGUUGUAAUGGGACCAGAUCAGUGAUAUUACUAAGAAUGUUGGCUAUAGUAGGGAGGUACAAUCAAAAGGCCAACAAGGAUACAGAGGGCCAAAGCUUUAGGUCUAUAAUGACUGUAUUUUAUAUUUAUGUGCCGUUCAUUUGUGUAUGUUUUUGUUUGUUUUUUGGAGUUGGGUGGGUUCGCUGAUAAUUUCCUGCUAUUCCCCAUCACAAUCUAUGCAGAUGUAUCUUGACCUCACCUGCUCCUUCUGAGGAUUAUUUCUAAAGCUACACCCCAUGCUACCAUUCUGUCAUUUAAUUAGCAGAUAAACACCAAAGGGUAGAAUGUUUGAGAUUAUUAAUGUUAUGAUUCAUUUCAUGUUCUUAGUUAUUGUAUAUUGGAUAAGUUAUUAGCAUUUCUUAAUAUUUUAACACAUGUCAAUGGCUAAUGUUUUUCAUAUUUUCAUCACCAGUCAAGUUACUGAAGCCUUUUACACACAAAGACAUAUUUCACAGUAUAUGUCUUAAACAGGCAUUUAUAGUGGAGGUUUGUUUUUCUGGCAAAGAAGCACACCUCCUUAAGUUUACAGCCUUGUUUGGAAAGACAAAGUUUAGAGUUACAAACUUAGUUAUUCUGCUAAGAGAGGAAGUGAUGUAACAGUUAUAGAUAAACAGGAAGAAGUGAGCAGUUGAUGAGGACCUUAAGAUUUACUGCUAAAUUUACUUUUGUUUGAUUGCUGGUACGAAAAGCAAAGUAUCGCUACAUUGCUGAUACUCCUAUCAUAAGCGUAAGAAGUUGCAUAUAAGAACUGUGAAUAUUGCAUAUGAGCAGAGUGGUUUGUUUUGUUUAAAACAGUAGAGACCAAAUGCAUUUUAAUGUAUUCUUAGGAAAUAUAUUUAUUACUUAGGUAGUGAGAUAUAGAAUUUAUUUUAAUUUGUCAUAAUCAUAAAUAGAGGAAUUUGUGCUCGUGGUGCCAGGUAUAGCUAAGAAUCACCAAAUGUAUGCUCCCCCCUGAGAUCUUCAUCCAGCUUUAUCCAGUUUAUUUAUUGACCUACCUGAGGCCGGUAGUCACUGACUGUUUUGUAGCUUACUUUUUGUUCCAGACAUUCGUCCUUCGUGGCCAAAGAAGCCCUGCCCCAUUGGCUCUGCUUGAGAGCAGUAGGAGCGUGGGCCAGUGAACCCUCCCUUUAUGCUUGAGAACGUUCCUGAGACUCAUUCUUCACAUCACAGUAUAACUUGUCAUGUUGUACCUCACUGCUGCCCCCAGCAUCUGUAGUUACUGCAGCGUAAGUGCCAAGAAAGAAUAUGGAGUAGGAAAUGAAGGGAAAAAUGUACAUGACUAGUACACCCGUUACAGAUGAUAUGUAUUUUUCAUAGUGCACAAUUGUCUUGGUUUAUAAAUGCUUAUAUGGUUGCACAACAGAACAUUGUAUUUGCAGAUAGGAAAUUGGGGUUAAGUUGGGUUUGGAAAUGGUUACGAAAUGAGUUUUUCUCAGCAAUGAGUAAUUAUAAUAUUUACAACACUAGAAUAAUACAUGUAAAUCACCAUAAGACACAAUCAUAUUCUAAAGGAAAUAUGAAUGUGAUGAGAAACAGGAUAGUAAUGGUGUAUAGUGCCAUUCUGAUUAUUAAGGUACAGUUUUCUGGAGUGUUGUAAAACACUGAUUAUUUUCUUAUAUUUGAAAAGAAAACGAUGUAUAGUGUAUGUAAACUUUAAAAGAAAGCAAUGUGGGACAAAUAUUAUUUUCACCUGCUUUAUUUGUAACUUUUUUGAAAAAAUAAAACUAUAUUUUAUCAAAUCUAAGAAAUAUAUAUAUUUUGGUUUUACCAAUGCAGUGUCACAAUUUAUUCAAACAGAAGUAACUGAAGUGGCUGAGGUAACUUUCUAAGAUUUUGCUGGUCAUCGCUAACGGGAAGUCCACCGACGGUGUAGUAUUUAGCAUUUACCACACAGGGGCAGCAGAGAGCUAAUUUUAAAGUUUCGUAGUUCAUGGAGAGUUGGGUUUUUUUGGU